AUGUCAGAGAAUCAAGAAAGUCUUCAAGCCCAGAACAAGGACAUUGAUGUCCUUCGUGGUUUUGAGCGCAAGACUCUCAAAGAAUCACCACUUAACAUUUUAGAGCAUCAAGUUUCAGUUAAUGAAGCCUUUGACACAGGUGCCAAGAAAGAAGUUGAUCCAUUCACUGAAUCCUCUCGCAGGAAUACUGCUGGUGGCAUGGAGUCCAGAUGGAGCAAGUACAAAAACUUCUGCUUGGCCAGUUUCCAAACACGCGCUUCAGAUUUCGCCAAGAGUGAUGUUUCAGUUCUUUUCAGCCGUCGCGUUAGAGACCGCCUUGCAGAACUUGCCGUUACAAGUGAUGAAGCCGCUCAAAUUACUCUCAUGCAGCAAAAUGAAGAAAGACUUCGUUCUAAGAUCGCCGAGCAAGCCAAAGUUCUAGAAAAACUCCACCAAGACGGCGAGCAUUGGCAAAUGAUUGAAACCGUUUCAACAACUUGCAAACUCCUUUCAAACACAAAAUCUCCACAGUUCUACCCAGCACAGUUCAUCAUGGUUCUCGAACUUGUCGAAAUUUUCGGAAAGAUGGUUUACAAGCGCAUUGCUGAGUAUCCAACGAGCAAAGCCGAUUUCUUGAAAGAUCCAAACGGUACAACCCAAGUUCUUUGCUUGAACUGGUCCAUGAUUCUUUCUAGAACAUCCCAGCUCUUGCCACGUCUCCUUCUUCAGACUACAUUCUUAAAGUGCAUUGAAUUCCAUCCAUUCAAGACAUUUGAUGACUCCGUCCAGCAAGUCGUCAAUGGUAUUCACGGUCUUGGCUCAGGAUCAGCCGGUAUUUUCGUUCGUGCUUUCUUAAUUUACACAAUCUUCUCAUUGAAACCGAACUACCCCACAGAUGUCUUCAUUCCUCUCUUUACAUCCUACGUUCGCCAUCUCCUCCACCUCAAGAACGGUUCAUUCAAGCGCCAGUACUCUAAUCUUCCUGAUUAUACUUUCGAAAAGUACGUAGAAACGCACAAACCCGCUUUGAGCUUCUUCAUCCAGCAGAUGGUUACCAUUGGUGAUUCCCCACUCAUCAAGCAAGCUCUUGAAGAGUUCUACAGCAUUGGAGAACCAUCAUCCUUCAUUUUAUCUGUUUUCCUUGAAGAACUCGAACCAAAGUUUGUUGCCAAGAAUUUCAAGGUCAUUUUGCACAUCAUCGACCAUUCCGAUUCCGUCAUUCCACGUCCAGAGUUGAUCUACAAGUUGAUCACAUCAUUGAUCGAAGCACCAGAGAUCGAAGGAGUCCUUGAUGUCAUGAAUUUGAUCUGGACAAGAAUGAAAGAGUUCAAGAGCAUUGAUGACUUCAUUUAUGUUGCUGCUCCUCUUACAAAAUACAUUGCAAAGUUCUGCAGCCCUCAUUACAUCAAUCUCUUCCUUUCCAACGUUGUUUCAUUGCUCAAACAGAACUUCGCCGCCAGAGAAAUGACGUACAACUACUCUCAAGGUGUCCGUUCUCUUACAAAGAAGUUAACAACAUCAGUCAUGGACUGUAUCUUUUCAACAGUUAAGAGCGGACAGAACUUCCAUGUUGUUUUGAACCAUAUCUCGUCAAUUGUUGCUUUGAUGGAUUUCCUCGAUGAAUCAUCACUUGUCGAAGUAUCAAGGUUCAUUCUUCAGGACGUUGCAGCGAAACCAUUCCCUCUUAAUGAUCCUCUUUGCAUCAGAAUUCUCUUGGAGCUUUCACAGAUUCUUUUCCAGUCUCUUUCUGUUUUGUCACCUCCAGACAUCGUUGCACAGACGAACAAAACAAUCGAGUGGUUCUUGUACCACGUUGAUUUCGGAACAAACAUCGAAGCACACCUCAACUUCCUUCUUUCCGCACGCACUGCAUUCCCUACUUCCAAUUCCCUUCUCGCUGCAAUUGCAGAGAUUGCAUUGCGUCUUUGCACACAAGCAGUCAAUCAGAAGGUUUCUAACAUCGAUGUCGUCACUCGUUCAUUACUUGCUUUUGCAUUUGUUACUGUUCCUUCUCUCCCUGAUCCACUCACACGUGCGAAACUGUACAUUGACACAUCGAAUGUCGCAUUGAUUGCAGGUGUUACAUCAUUUGCAUUCUCAUCAUUCGAAGAAUUCACGAAGAGUGUUAAAGAUGUUCCUCCAACACCAGAACUCUUUGAUGUAUUGGAACAUGCAUUGACACUUCUCUUAGUUCUUCCUGCUCCUCCAGGUGUUGAUCCAUUCGAGAGUGUUCGUAAUUUGAUCAAGGCAGUAAUGAACAUUUCAUGGAAAGAUGAAGAACCAAUUGUAUUCGCUUUGGAGUCAAUCAUCAUCGUUGGUCACAUGCUUCGUACAGAGUUUGUUCUUCGUAUUCCUAAUGUCGACUCAAACGAUGUUUUAUUCGCAGGAAAUCCAGAAUACAUCAAACGAGGUCUUUCUGUGUCUAACCAGAUGCUUGCUAAGUUUGUUGAUAUGCUCUCUAACUACCGUAAGAAAGGUGUUGUUGUACAGAAGAAGAAUGUCCCAGCACUCGCUGUUAAAGCGAUUUCAUCACUCGCAGAUGUUUAUGUCUGUGACAAAGCGUUGAUUAGAAAACUGGCUGAUCUCGCUGAAAUGCUUGGUGAUGGAGCUGGCGAUGAAAUAAUGACAUCUACAGGUGCACAUUUAGAAAAAGCAUUCAAUGGUGUCGAACUCGGCCAAAGAUUUGUUGCCAAAUAUUUCUCUUCUGAAUAA